ACCCUGCAGCCUCCUCGCCCCCCUUUAGUCCGGAGAGACACAAGUUAUCAGGGAGGCAAGCGGAGGGCCAGUCAUCUCCUCACAUCUUUUCUGCAUCUACCACAGUCCGCUCUAUCCGUCCUGUAUGGUGGAUAUUAUUUUCAGCUCUUCUUUCUUGGGUGAUAUGGGGGAUCAUUCCAAAAAGAAGCCAGGAUUCGCGAUGUGUGUAGGAUGUGGAAGUCAAAUCCAUGACCAGUACAUACUGAGAGUCUCUCCCGACCUGGAGUGGCACGCAGCCUGCCUGAAGUGCGCAGAGUGCAGCCAGUACCUGGAUGAGACCUGCACUUGUUUCGUCCGGGACGGAAAAACCUAUUGUAAAAGAGAUUAUGCUGUUUGGAAUAAAAUGCGCAAAAUGCAACCUGGGAUUCAGCAGCAGCGACCUGGUGAUGAGAGCCCGGGAUAACGUGUACCACAUCGAGUGUUUUCGGUGCUCGGUGUGCAGCAGGCAGCUGCUGCCCGGAGACGAGUUCUCUUUGCGGGAAGAAGAGCUGCUCUGCCGGGCGGACCACAGUCUGCUGCUGGAGAGGAGCUCCGCAGGAAGUCCCAUCAGCCCCGGUCACAUCCACUCCAACAGACCGCUGCACCUGGCAGCAGACCCGGUCACGGUGCGGCAGGCCCCGCAUCGGAACCACGUCCACAAGCAGUCGGAGAAGACGACGCGGGUCAGGACGGUGCUGAACGAGAAGCAGCUCCACACGUUGCGGACCUGCUACAACGCCAACCCGAGGCCGGACGCGCUGAUGAAGGAGCAGCUGGUGGAAAUGACCGGCCUCAGCCCCAGGGUGAUCCGGGUCUGGUUCCAGAACAAGCGCUGCAAAGACAAAAAGAAAUCAAUCCUCAUGAAGCAGCUCCAGCAGCAGCAGCACAGUGAUAAGACUGUAAGCAUCUUCAACCUGCAGGGCCUCACAGGGACGCCUCUUGUGGCUGGAAGUCCUAUCCGACAUGAGAGCACCGUGCAGGGAAACCCAGUGGAGGUUCAGACCUACCAGCCUCCAUGGAAGGCCCUGAGUGAGUUCGCCUUGCAGAGCGACCUGGACCAGCCAGCCUUCCAACAACUGGUGUCUUUCUCUGAAUCGGGCUCUCUCGGGAACUCCUCGGGCAGCGACGUGACUUCAUUGUCCUCUCAGUUACCGGACACCCCCAACAGUAUGGUACCCAGCCCGGUGGAGACGUGAAACGGGCCCUCCACAUCUGUCGGACCACCCCCCCCACACACACACACUCACCCCCCCCCCCCCCUUCCCGCGCUCCUGCAAGGACGAUUGCAGCAUGAUCCCCCCCACCUCCCUGCAUGAGACCAGCUCAUCACAUCGCCCAAAACUUCAGAGAGGAGUGUUUUUUUUUCUUUCUUUUCUUUUUUUUUUUUAAUUCCCUGACAUGGCGGAGAUGGAACAAAGAAAGCACCGACUGACUCCGAGUUUUUCUUUUUUUUUUCUGUUGGAGAUUUCAUUGACAAAAACUAAGCAGAACAAUUGUUGCAUGACUUGAUACGGAGACUGAAGAUGUACAGAAGACCUCCCGAUGGAUAUACUACAACAAAACCUUCCAACAGAAACACAAACUUGGAAACAUUUCCACGUCGAAAAACAGACGGACACUGCAGUUUCAUUGUGAUCAUAUUGUGUCUUUGUUUCUCCAACCUGAGAAUCUUUUGAUACGUUCAUUGCGUUGUCGAGUCCAGUUGACUCUUUGUCUUAAGGCCAGAGCAUGAUAAUCUGCAAACUAUUCGUGUUGUAAAAUACUUUAUGUUAAGGGCAGGAUACAGGUUGUUUGAGCUUCUCGAACAAAAAGUAAAUUAUUGUUAUAUUAUUUAUUGUUAGGAAAGCGAUUCGUAAAGGGAUUAUUAACUGAUAAAAAAUAAAAAAGCUGAAUACAUAAAGUGUCUUCCACAGGCGCAGUUUGUUUUUAACCGAUCCACUUUCGCUUUUUGAAUAUUUUCAAACCGAUAUCAACAUAAUAAUUGGAUUUAUUUGAAAAUUCAGCGCUGAAAUUAGAAGCAGUUCCUAUGAUCUUUGAUUUCGGAAAAAAGGGUAGAGAGCUUCCGAGGCUGCAGACGAUGGUAGAUUCACAGCGUUUAAAAAAAAAAUACAAAACGGUGAAACAGAAGUCGGUGUUUCAGUUGCACUGAAUAUGUUGUUUGUCCUGUUCAGGCUAUAUGUAGUUGGUCUGCCUGAAUUGAAGCCUGAAGGACUCUUGUCUUAUCUCCCUCCUCAAUCUCGCGGUGUUUUCCCCUCCGGUUAAGUUGCAGGACUCGGCCAGUGGUCAUUUACUAUCUUGGGGGCAAAAAUCUGCUGCAAAUUGUGCUCAGUCCAGUUACUCUGGUUGCGUCACAAGCUGGUCUAGACAGCGAGCAGGGAUCGGCGACCUCUUAUCUAGUCCUGGCAUCACCUGCAAGCGAUACACUGACUGAAGCCACAACAAACUAACCAAACACCCCCGGUC